AUGGCUUCCCAAAAAACCCAACAAGUUCAUCCUCCUCUUCACUUUGUUCUCUUUCCAUUCAUGGCUCAGGGCCACAUGAUUCCCAUGGUUGAUAUCGCAAGGCUCCUAGCUCAGCGUGGUGUGACCAUAACAAUUGUCACAACGCCUCACAACGCAGAGAGGUUCAAGAAUGUCUUAAACCGUGCCAUCGAGUCUGGUUUGCCCAUCAACGUAGUGCAUGUGAAGCUUCCAUAUCAAGAAGCUGGGCUGCCUGAAGGACAAGACAAUAUAGAUUCCCUUGACUCAAUGGAGUUCAUGGUACCAUUCUUUAAAGCAGCUAACAUGCUUGAAGAGCCGGUCAUGAAGCUGCUGGAAGAGAUGAAACCUAGACCUAGCUGUCUAGUUUCUGAUUUUUGUUUGUUUUAUACAAGCAAAAUCGCAAAGGCCUUCAACAUACCAAAGAUCGUUUUCCAUGGAGCAGUUCAAUUCACAAAGCCUCAAGUUCCUGUGAGCACCGAUGAAAAGGCUAGAGACUGGACGUACUUCUUGGACGCAAUGGUAGAAGCAGAUAACACAUCCUACGGUGUAAUCAUCAACACAUUUCAGGAGUUAGAACCAGCUUGUGUCAAAGACUAUAAAGAAGCUAGAGAUGGGAAAGUAUGGUCCAUUGGACCUGUUUCCUUGUGCAACAAGAAAGGAUCAGAUCAAGCUGAGAGAGGGAACAAGGCGGUCAUUGGUCAAGAAGAAUGUUUUAAAUGGCUUGAUUCUAAAGAAGAAGGGUCGGUUCUAUAUGUCUGCCUUGGAAGUAUCUGCAAUCUUCCUCUCUCUCAACUCAAGGAGCUAGGGCUAGGGUUAGAGAAAACUCAAAGACCUUUUAUUUGGGUCAUAAGAGGUUGGGAAAAGUAUAAUGAGCUCGCUGAGUGGUUCUUAGAGAGUGGUUUUGAAGAAAGGGUCAAAGAGAGAGGGCUUCUCAUAAAAGGAUGGGCACCUCAAGUGCUUAUCCUUUCACACUCUUCUGUUGGAGGAUUCUUGACACAUUGUGGAUGGAACUCAACUCUUGAGGGUAUCACAUCAGGUGUGCCAUUGCUUACAUGGCCAUUGUUUGGGGACCAGUUCUGCAACCAGAAGCUAGUCGUGGAGGUUCUUAAAGUCGGUGUAGGAGCUGGGAUUGAAGAGGUUAUGAAAUGGGGAGAAGAAGAGAGGAUAGGAGUGUUGGUGGAUAAUGAAGGUGUGAAGAAGGCAGUUGAAGAAUUGAUGGGUGAUGGUGAGGAUGCUAGGGAGAGAAGAAGAAGAGCCAAGGAGCUUGGAGAGUUAGCUCACAGUGCUGUGGAUGAAGGAGGCUCUUCUCAUUCUAAUAUCACAUUCUUCUUAGAAGACAUAAUGCAACUAGCACAGUCGAAGAAUUGA